AUGGAUGACUACUACGGGUACUCGAGAUACGAGCAGUCGGAGCGGUCAAGAUGGACGCCCUUGACGCGGAUGUUGUUGUCUGGUGAGAUGACACAGGAGAAGCAGAAGGAGCUGAGCGGGCGGGAAAAGUUCGACCGAUGGAUGAUCAACGAGGGUUACCGACGAGUCUUUGUCCUCGUUUUCAUGCUUCUGCAUGCCAUGGUCUUCGCUUUCAGCUUCGUCAACUACGCCGUCAAGGACAACUUGCAGGGGGCGAGAGAUACCUUCGGGCCCACGUUUAUGAUUGCUAGGUCGGCAGCAUUGGUGUUGCACUUUGAUGUGGCUCUGGUUCUGCUGCCAGUCUGCAGGACACUCAUCUCUCUCGCCAGACAGACUCCGCUGAACGGCAUUAUCCAGUUCGACAAGAACAUCACCUUCCACAUCACCACGGCUUGGUCGAUCGUGUUCUGGUCCUGGGUCCACACGAUUGCCCACUGGAACAACUUCGCCCAGAUCGCAGCCAAGCAGAAGCUGGGCAUCUACGGCUGGCUUCUGGCCAACUUUGUGUCUGGGCCCGGCUGGACUGGCUACAUCAUGCUGAUUGCACUGAUGGGCAUGGUGCUGACCUCCAUCGAGAAGCCCCGCCGAGCCAACUAUGAGCGCUUCUGGUACACGCACCACAUGUUCAUCGUCUUCUUCGUCUUCUGGUCGAUCCACGGUGCGUUCUGCAUGAUCCAGCCCGACUUUGCCCCCUUCUGCGUCUCGGUCGGCACCACCGCCAUCGGUGUGUUCUGGCAAUACUGGAUGUAUAGUGGCUUCAUCUACCUGGCCGAGAGAAUCGCCCGCGAGAUCCGUGGCAAGCACAAGACCUACAUCUCCAAGGUCAUUCAGCACCCCAGCAACGUGUGCGAGAUCCAGAUCAAGAAGGAGCACACCAAGACGAGGGCUGGUCAAUACAUCUUCUUCUGCUGCCCCGAGGUUUCGAUCUGGCAGUACCACCCCUUCACUCUGACCAGUGCCCCCGAGGAGGACUACAUCUCGAUUCACAUGCGUGUGGUCGGAGACUUCACCAGGGCUGUCUCGAAGGCGCUGGGUUGCGAGUGGGAGAAGAAGGCCGGCGACGGGUCCAAGGUUGUGGGUGUCGACGGACAGAACUCGGAGAUCGACCCUGCACUGAAGAGGGUCCUGCCCCGUGUCUACAUCGACGGCCCCUUCGGUUCGGCCUCGGAAGACGUCUUCAAGUACGAGAUCUCGGUCCUCUGCGGUGCGGGUAUCGGUGUCACCCCCUUCGCCUCCAUCCUCAAGUCGAUCUGGUACCGGAUGAACUACCCGCAGAAGAAGACGCGUCUCGCCAAGGUCUACUUCUUCUGGAUCUGCCGUGACUUCGGCUCCUUCGAGUGGUUCCGCUCCCUGCUGCUCGCCAUCGAGGCCCAGGACGUCGACAACCGCAUCGAGAUCCACACGUACCUGACGGCCAAGAUCAAGGCCGACGACGCCACCAACAUCAUGAUCAACGAUGCCAACGCCGACAAGGACGCCAUUACCGGUCUCCGCGCGCCGACAAACUUUGGCAGGCCGAACUGGGACAUGAUCUUCCGCGGUAUCCGAAAGCUGCACACCCCGUCCGAGGCCGGUGUGUUCUUCUGCGGUCCCAAGGGAUUGGGCAGCACGCUGCAUAUCUACUGCAACAAGUACAGUGAACCUGGUUUCUCGUUUGUCUGGGGCAAGGAGAACUUUUAA